AGUCAUUAUCUAUUGGAGCAUCUACCAAGGUGCCAGCCAUUCGUCAUGAUUAUCAAAAGCUGGAAUGGGAGGCAGUGGCUAGAAUCAUGUUGUAUGGCUACUGCAAAGAAGGAGUGUUCCCCAUUACAUUGUGUUCAGCUUUUGUUGCAUGUACUCUCCAUGGUGAAGACAGUGUUUCUUGUGAAGUGCUGUUAAACUCUUUCAUGGAGUAUAUGGCUGAAGACGAGAGAGAAGUGGUUGAUAACUUAAUGAAAAAUCGAUCACAGAUAUGUAAAAAUGAAGACUUACUUGAAGUUUUAGGAAGCUACAAGUGCUAUCUCAAUCCCACAGAAGAAAAUAUUGAAGAUAUAUUAUGCCAAUUAGCUCACCAAGAACUUAUCCAAAGACCGCGGUACGUUUCCAAUUGUUGGGCAACAAUAUUGCAAAUUCAUAUAAUAUUGCAAUCAUUGAAAAGUCAUCCUGCGUUUCAAGAUGUUGCAAGCAUUCUUUGCUUUUACCAAGAAAGAAAACCCACGUCCAAAAAGGUUUUGAAAAUUCUAGAUGCCUCCCCCGAAAAUGAGGCACAACGAAAUGCAUUUGAUCAUUUGGUGCGCUAUAUAAAGUCUCUAGGUGGCAACGUAACCGCGUUCCUUCAAUUUACCACAGGUUCUGAUAUCAUUUUAGAAGGUCAAAAGUUAAAAGUGUCAUUUACAGAACUUAAUGGUUUACAACGUCGUCCUGUAGCACACACAUGUGGACCAUUUCUAGAGAUUCCCAGCACUUAUCAAUUUUAUAAUGAACUUGUAGAGGAGUUUUCGUCGAUCCUAAGAGAAAAAAGUGCCUGGUCGUUUGACAUUGUAUGAAAGUUCUAUCACAUGUUUUAUGACAUAUUAUAUUGUGUUUUACAUUGUAGAAACACUUUUUUUAGUUCACUUUUGUUAAAAAAGAUUUUAUGGACAAUGAUGUGGUGUCAUAUGAAGAUGGAGGUUAUGGACCUUCCCUGAAUAUGAAAUUAUCUUAUUUCUUUAUAAGAUUACCAUAUACGUUAUCGUUUUGAGUUAUUAAUGUUAAAUAUGUUUUGUUCA